CAAGACGAUGGAAUGUUGCACAGUCGGUUAGUGUACCGUCGUGACGCGAGGUCCCGUAAGUUUCAGUCUUUAAAACUAAUAUACGCAACAAACUAACUGUUCCAGUGCUUUCACACCCACUCGCACUGCUCACUCCGCCCAUGAACCGUCAGUUUAUAGAAGGAAGCGCUGAGACACCAGAGAGAAGGAUUGCUCGUGUGCCAGCUGAUCAGAAGUGAAGAUGGCUGAGGGAAAACUAGGUGCUAACAUCGGGGGCAACAUUGGCGCGGGAGCUGGCAUCCUGGCCAAACGCUUUCAGAAAUCAAUGAACCGAGCACAAGAGAAGGUCCUGCAGAAACUGGGGAAAACCAUGGAGACAAAAGAUGAGCAGUUUGAGGAGUGCUCUGCCAACUUAAACAAACAGCAGGCAGAUGGCAUCAGACUCUAUAAGGAUGUUAAAUCUUACUUCAAUGCAGUUAAAGCGAUGCAUGAUUCAUCCAAACGCCUGUCCCAGACUCUUAAAGAUAUCUAUGAACCAGACUGGCUUGGUGUAGGAAACCUGCCUGUUAUAAUGGAGAGUGAGGAUCUCCUCUGGAAUGACUAUGAAGAAAAGCUCAGCGAUCAAGUUGUUCGAACAAUGGAGAAUUAUACCGGACAGUUCCAAGAUGUCAAAGAAAGAGUGGCUAAACGAGGAAGGAAGCUGGUUGACUACGAUUCAGCUCGACAUCAUCUGGAGGCACUGCAGAACUCCAAGAAGAGAGAUGAGGCCAAAAUAUCAAAGGCUGAGGAGGAGUUCAAUACAGCACAGGAAGUAUUUGAAGAAAUAAACAAGGAGUUGAGAGAGGAGCUGCCUGUUCUUUAUCAAAGCCGUAUAAGCUGCUAUGUCACCAUGUUCCAGAACAUCUCAAACCUACGUGAUGUCUUCUACGAGGAAAUGAGUAAGUUGAAUCAUAACAUUUAUAAUAUGAUGAAGACUCUCGAAGACCAGCACUCCACCAAACCCUUCAUCGUCAAAGGCCUUAACAGUUCAAAGUCAAAGAAGAGGAAGUCUGUUACGAUCUCUGCUCCCAUCCCCUGUAACACUGCCUUCCCUCCUGAUCAUCCGGCCGCGAGCAAGCUCAGCAUGCCCAGCAUGCCCAACACCCUCACGCACACUGACACUCCCUCAAAGAGCACAGGAAGCACAGCAUCUGAAAUGUCAGACUCGGAGUCUUUUAACUCUUUUGACAGUGAGCCCAACACGCCCAAGCGGCAGUCUUUGUGUUCUGAGGGUGAAGGGAUUCGGACUGAAGGAGCCACUGAAAAGGCAUCAGAAACUAACAAUAAUGAGUCUGUGCAAGCCAACGGCCAGGAACAUCAAGAUUCAGUUUCAGAGGAGGAAACUAAAUCAGCAGCAGCAUCAGAAGAAACCCAUCAUGCAUCUACUGAUGGAGACGAUGAGGAUAAGCCCUUAUCAGAUGCCCAAGACAAAACUGAACCAGUCCCAUCCCCUCGAAGAUCCAGCACCUCCAACAAAGAUGAAGGAGAGACUGAUCAAAAUGCAUCAGGAUGCAGCAAAGAUGUGAAAGUCCAAAAGAUAGAUUAUGAAAAUCCUCCUGGCUUCCUCUAUAAGGCUGUUGCUCUGCAGGAUCAGGACUCAGAUGAAGGUGUGCUUCUACUGUUUCAAAAGGGAGAUGUGAUCCUUACAUACGUCGAUGAAGAAGAAGAAAAGCCGGAGGGCACUGUGUGGGGCGUGGGAGAGCAGGACUGGAUCCAGUACAAGGAUCUAACACUUCUCUCAGGCAUUGUCGAGGAGUCCAUGAUCCAGCGCAUCUCCUCUGAUUAACACAGGUCAUGAAGUGGAGUACGCAGGAUGGCAUGUGAACCAAAGGUCCCUUAAGUGCCUGUGUGAGGCCCUUGUGACUGGAUGUUGUAACAUGAACUCCGUCUGCCCUUUCCUCUAGACAUGAAAGACACUCUGACUUUUUCAGUAGACGGUGUCUUUGUAACUUCCUGAUGCAGGCUAAAGACUGCAGACAGCUGCACAGUCUGUGUUCUGUUUUCAGAUUUUUUUCAUGACUUUUAUAGAUCUCGAUUUAUAAUAUCAUUCAUAGUUUUGUGUAUCAGUAAAAGUAGUGUUUAUUAUGCAAAAAUAUUUCUAAAGCAUUUAAGCAAUGAGUAUUAAAACACUUUUUAUGUGGCUGUUCCAAUGGUCUCUUCUUUGUGUUUGUUAACCAUGUAAUGUUGAUGUCUGUUAUUUCUCACAUAUCUCAGUGUUAAGAUUGACUACCAAGAUUUUCACAAUGUUUACAGGACCCAAAAAAGUGUGAGUAUUACUGUGAAAACGCUUUCUUAAAUGUACAGAGAACAUAUAUAUGAUUGU